UUCCUCCCUGGGGGUGACUUGGCACUGGUGCGCUCUGUUUCCUCACUUCUGCAAUUUCCAGAUAGCACAGAGGCUGGGUCUGCAGACAGACAGACACUCAGAUCCUGCUGCUGCUGCGGCCACUCAGCCUGCUCAGCCUUCCCUGAUUCAGGCGCAACAGGAUUCUACCACCAGCUGCCCCUUCCAACCAUGGCGACAGGGGCAAAUAAUUCCUCUCAUGUGGACUCUGAGUUCCGAUAUACCCUCUUCCCGAUUGUUUACAGCAUCAUCUUUGUGCUGGGGGUCAUCGCCAACAGCUAUGUGCUAUGGGUCUUUGCCUGCCUGUACCCUUCCAAGAAACUCAACGAGAUAAAGAUCUUCAUGGUGAACCUCACCGUGGCUGACCUGCUCUUCUUGGUCACCCUGCCCCUGUGGAUCAUCUACUACCACAACCAGGGCAACUGGAUUCUCCCCGAAUUCCUGUGCAACCUGGCUGGCUGCUUCUUCUUCAUCAACACCUACUGCUCAGUGGCUUUCCUGGCUGUCAUCACUUACAACCGUUUCCAGGCAGUGACCCAGCCCAUCAAGACAGUUCAGGACACCACCCGCAAGCGUGGUUUCUGUGUGUCCCUGGUCAUCUGGGUGGCCAUUGUGGCUGCAGCAUCCUACUUCUUCAUCCUGGACUCCACCAACGUGGAGCCCAACAAGACCGCCUCAGGCAACAUCACACGUUGCUUUGAGCAUUACGAGAAGGGCAGUGUGCCCGUCCUCAUCAUCCACGUCUUCCUCGUGUUCAGCUUCUUCCUUGUAUUUCUCAUCAUCUUCUUCUGCAACCUGGUCAUCAUCCGCAGGCUGCUCAUGCAGCCAGUGCAGCCGCAGCACAAUGCAGAAGUCAAGCGCCGCGCGCUGUGGAUGGUCUGCACGGUCUUGGCUGUGUUCAUCAUAUGCUUUGUGCCCCACCACAUCGUGCAGCUGCCCUGGACCCUGGCUGAGCUGGGCUUCCAGAACAGCAGCUUCCACCAAGCCAUCAACGAUGCCCAUCAGGUCACUCUCUGCCUUCUUAGCGCCAACUGUGUUUUAGACCCCAUCAUCUACUGUUUCCUCACCAAGAAGUUUCGCAAGCACCUCAUUGAGAAGUUCUAUAGCAUGCGCAGCAGCCAGAAAUGCUCCCGGGCCACCUUAGAGACUGGCACUGAAGUGGUCAUGCCGCUCAACCACCUCCCUGUCCAUUCCCUCAAAAAGUAGUCCCUGAUUGUUGGGGCCAGGCCCAGAGGCUUCUCCUCCAUGGACAUCACAGACUGACCUGGGGGAUGAAGGGGUCUCUGCUGUGGUCUGGGCAUCUCCUCCCUGGGCACAAGUGGCUCUUUAAGUAUGGAGGCUACUUCACCAAGGUGGGGGUGAUGGCCAGGCCAGGCUGCUGGGAAGUCCAGGACUUGAACGCGCUUCGUCGGCCACCUCGGGGCACAUUCAUAAUAACCUUGGCUGGCAACCUCAUCCUGAAUACCUGAGUCUGAUAGCUCUGCAGGGAAUGUCAGGGCCCAGGGCAGACCUUGGGGAUAGACUCCGAGCCACCCUGUUCACCCUACCAAGGCAGCUGCCCUGAGCCAGUAUGGCCUGAAGUUUUGGGCAACAACUACCUUUGCUACUUUUAUAAAGGCAGAGAAGAGGGUUUUGGGAAAGAGAUCCUCCCCUGGUUGUGUGGUGGUGUCUCUGAGGGAGACUUUUGAGCUAGGAUAGUGCCAUCUUGUCUCCAUUUAGAGGUACAGGAUCUUUGUGACACUUCUUAGGGGACGUGGCUCAGUGGAGCCUUUUCCCACUCAUCCAACAACCUGUCCUGAAUGGUGCCAGAGAGGGUAAGACAUGUUCAGGUCAAAGGCUGGGAUGGGGAGGUUGUCUCCUGAGGCAAAUGUAUCUCUCUGCAUAGGCCUUGGGUCAGCUCUGGGGGACUGGGAGAGACACAACUGCCACAUCCGUCUGUCUCAGCAGUGGAUCCUGGUGAAUUACCUCCCGCUGGGCAGCUCCCCACUGUGGGUGGGCAGGGGCCCCUCAAAGCCAAAUUGGGGGCAUCUGCGGCACCACAAUGCUCAGAGGUUUCAUGAGAAAGGGCACUUAGGUGGAGAAGUACCUGUGUGUGGGUGAGGCCUCCAGAGUGGGAGGAGCCUGUCAGGUCUCAUCUACCACCUAGCUUUCUGGGGCAGGGAGGUGGGGCGGGGGGAGCCCUCCUAAUUUAGCUUCCAGAAGGUGAGAGGAGCAGUUAUAAUCCCAAAGGCCAGGAGGCACUUUGAAUUUUGGGUGCAGAAGAGAGGUGUCAGCUUCUCUUGAAGAUCUCUGGAUGCCUCCUUGUGAUUUUCGGCAAAUAUAUUCAGAUGAACUUCCUCACACCCUGAGCACCUGCGGUGUGAAUCUGGCAGCCACAGACCCAGGGGCUUGGAGGAGACUACCCUGGAGCCCUGUGGUCCUUCUGAGACAUCUUCCUCCCUUCCAGCCACAAUCCCCGUAGAGUGAGAUUCUUGUUUCCUGUCUACUGGGCUGAUUUUUUUUUUUUUAAGAUUUUUAUUUAUUUAUUUGAGAGAGAGAAUGAGAGAGAGCACAUGAGAGGGGGG